CAAGUAUUUGUCUUUUAGCCCUACCCGUGAAUCCUCGAUCUCCGAUGUCUACAACCGGCUCCGUACGGAAGAACAACAAUCCUCACUCAUUCACUCACCUGUCUCUAUCUCCUCCUCUUCAGGGAUGCCGGCUACCGCAGAUCUCAUCAUGUUGCUGUUGCUCAGAGAUCUCAAGGAGAUUAAGGGAUUGGAUUCCAGAUCCAAUCAGGGCUAGGGCCUGGGGAUUGAUGAUAAAUCAUGAAGCUUCUAGCUACUUACUUCUAACUAGACCAGACCACUCAUCAGAUGUCCAUGUCCAGCUUCAUCCCUGGAAGAACAUGGAUCCUUGCCCCUAACCUCUCUCAUGCCAUCAGAAAGAACAUGGAUCUGUCUCCUUUCUCCUCCAUCUUACCAUAUGAGAUUCAGAGACAAGAGAUUUUCAUUGAAACAGAGGAGAAAUGGGCAAGCAUAUAUUCGCAGGUUCGCACCUCCAAAUGAAGAAUUUGUCUUUUAGCCCUACCCUUGAAUCCUCGAUCUCCGAUGGCUACCACCGUGUCCGGACGGAAAGAACCAACAAUCCUCACUCACUUGUCUCUAUCUCCUUCUCUUCAGGGAUGCCAGCUACCACCAGCCAUGAGAUUAUGUUAUCGCUGUGCUGCCGCAGAUCUGAUCAUGUUGCUGUUGCUGUUGCUGACAGAUCUCAAAGUAGUGCGUGCAAGGGAGAUUAAGGGAUUGGAUUCCAGAUCCAAUCAGGGACAGGGGAUUGAUGAUUAAUCAUGCAGCUUCAAACUACUUACUCUAAAUAGACCACUCAUCAGAUGUCCAUCUUCACCCCUCCCUGUAGUGCGUGCAAGGGAGAUUAAGGGAUUGGAUUCCAGAUCCAAUCAGGGCCAGGGGAUUGAUGAUUAAUCAUGAAGCUUCAAACUACUUACUUUCUAACUAGACCACUCAUCAGAUGUCCAUCUUCAUCCCUCCCUGGGAAUGUUAUCAGUUUUGAGGCCUAUGGCGCUUUACUAUUGGUCCCACCUUGGGUCAAGACACAACACCUUAUCAACAGACAAGAGACAUCACAAAGGAUCAUAGACCAGAGAAAGUAAUAAGCACAAAGAAGAAGAGCACCCCACCUUCAGCUUUCUUGGCGAUUUUCUAGUGGUUCUGAGGGGAGAAGGUCAAACCUUUGGCUCCUCUUAUUCAACAGGAAAUGUUGUCAAUUUUGAGGCCUAAGGCGCCUUACUAUUGGGCCCACCUUAUGAGAAGACACAUCACCUUAUCAAAAGACAGUGGAACAUCAAAGGGAAGAUGAAGAGAAGAAAGCACAAGGCGUUCAGAGAGGAGAAGGUGAAGCCUUUGGCUCAAUUUUAUACACAACAGGAAAUGGAACAAGUUCGUUUGAAGAGUAUUGAAAAAAAGAAAGUAUCAGCUUGUAAAUGGAAUGGAUAGUGAGAAUUCCCGUUUUGGGUGUGAGUAUAAAAGGGGGUUGGUUACAUAAUUGACAGAAAAGAAAGAAACCCUAAAGAUGUUGGGUUUGGCUAUCUAGCGUUCAAGAAACUCUGAAGCAUUUGGGGUUUGAAGUUCCAUCUAUCAAGAAGAAAGGAGAAGAACGAAGAACAACAGCUACUCACAGGAAAGAAACAACAGUGAUGGAAAAACUCGCUCUCAUGCCCGAAAAGAAGGGAGAAUCAAGCAAGAGGAGAGAAAGUGGAGGCUCAAGAGAGAAUAACUUGGGCCUAGGCAUUGACAAUAUCAUUCAAACGAAGUUGCUGAAACAUCAAGAGGAAGCUCUUGAGUGGCUCUUGAAACGCGAGAGUUCUGUGGAAUCCCCAGCUUUCUGGACAAGAAGUGAACCUCUGCGGGGUGGAAUCUUGAACGAUUCUGCCACUUUGGGUAAGAAGUUGUCAUUGCUUUCUUUGAUUGCCCAUGAGAAGAACAAAAGUGUGGAAACCAAGACUACAUUGGUAGUGUCGGGUUAUGCAAGUUUGAAGAACUGGUUAUCAGAAGUAAGCCAACACGUUAUCACGGGAACGCUUAAGGUACUUAAUGCUGAAUUUGGUGUUUGUAUGGACAUUGACUUCCAUGAGAAAGUCAAUGAAUACGAUCUUCUUCUGAUCCACAUGGGUGGCUUGGUACGUGCAAUGGAAAGCAUCCCCACCUUGGAGAAAGUAUGGUGGAGAACAAUUGUGGAUAGAGCACACACCAUCGAGGAUAUGGAUUUUUAUGCGAGUCAAGCAGUUAUUGCGUUAAAGGCUGACCGGAAAUGGGCUGUUACAGGAAAGCCUAUUCUAAACGGGUCCUAUAAUUUGCUCUCGGUUCUUUCAUAUUUGGGAUUCGAGUCAUCCACAAUUUGUGGACAAAGUCUUACGGAUUUGGCAGCCUCGAUUUCAUUAGGGAGGACUAAAGAAAUCUUACGACUGCCAUCCCAGAAUGUCGAAGUUCGAUAUGUUAACUUUUCUUCAGAAGAGCGUGUCUUACAUGAUAAACUGAAACAUGAAGCUGAUUCUCUUUCCGGAGUUCCUAACAAUGAGGAUGAGCUGCAGAAUUUGAUGUUUAGGCUUAUCCGAAUGUGCAGAGACUCUGCACUGUGUUUUUCAGAUUCAGAUUCUGAUAUUGAAGAUAUAUCUAAGAAACCUGAGUUGCAGAAAGCGUUGGAAGAUCCUGAUGAUUGUGCUAUUUGUUUUACUCCACCAGAGGACACACUAGUCACAAAGUGUGGUCACGUUUUCUGCCGGCGUUGUAUUCUCAAGCAUCUUAAAACUAAUAAAAAAUGCUGUCCAGCUUGUCGGAAACGUAUCAAAAAGCAUUGUCUCUUUUCAGCAGGAGACUAUCCCCGCCCAGAAUUAGGGUCAUCCAGCAAAGUCUCUGAACUUAAAAAUCUUCUCAUGGAGUCCAGGGAUGAAUCUCCAGCUACUAAGUCUGUUGUAUUUUCAGAAUGUCUUGAGGUGCUUAGAUUUUUGAAGAGCAUCUAAAUGCCGCUGGUUUGAAGGCUCUAUAUUUUGACUCUUCAGAUAAAGAGUCGGACAUUAUUCAGCAGUUUCGAGUUGAGGAUGGACCGGUGGUCAUGCUAGCAGGCAUCUUCAUUCAUGUGGAUGAGAUAAACUUUAGUUGUGACCUUACCGCUGCAUCUAGAAUAUACCUAAUGGAGCCUUAUCUAAGUCCAGAAAUUGAGGCACGGAUGAUUGAUCUUGUCCAUCGCAUUGGCCAAGACAAGAUUGUGAAUGUUGUUAAACUGAUAAUGCAUAACAGCAUUGAAGAAAAGAUUCUAGAGUUGCAAGAUAUUAAGAGAGAAAGAGAAAGAGAAGCAUUUGAUGUGAAUGGUAAUCGAAUCAACAAAGACGACUUGGAGUUUAUUAUGGGUGCUGUGGUUUGUACUUCUUCUUAAACAAUGUGACACUUCCUUUUUCAUUUUCUAUAUUUUCUAGAUUUUGUGCUAAGAGUUGAGACUAUUAUGUGAUCAUUAUGCUUGUUGAAAAGCUUUUAAACAGUAUUGAGUGGUUUGUAGGAAGCUUAUAUGUACAGCUUGAGUGAUACAAUUGACUACAAGAAUCCUUUACUUUUGGACAAUUCUGAGAUCAAUGUUUGAGAGAUUAGUAUGCAAUUGAAACUUCGUUCAGAGUUGUAUUUCAA